CCCAGCUCUGGCAGUUGAGAGCAACAGCAGGCAGGACCACAGGAUGAGUAAAAAUAAGAAUUUAUCAUUCAAGAACUACCCUGUUAAUGUAAUUCCUGUGAUUGCUAAAAGCCAGAUCCCCUAACGACUAAAGAAGACCCAGCAUGCCCUUCGCGGCUCACCAUCGGAGGAACAGCAAGAGGCCUCUCCCCCUGGACACUCUGCUCACAUCCCAGGUGCCCCGUGGCAAUUACUUGCACAUUCUGGAAGACAAGCAAAGACUGCAGCUAAAGAAAUUCCUGCUUCAUAGGAUGUUUCUAGUGGCCAGCAUACAAGCAAACGUGGAGAAAAAAGAAAUCGCCGAGUACUACGACCAAGUGUUCCAGUCGAUCUUGAAGCAUCACCUGGGAGAAGUGGUGACGGGGCUGCUGCUCAUCUAUCCCACCUCCUUGCUGCACAUCCUCGAAUCCUCCAACGGCACCCUGCACCAAAUCCUUCUAGAUUAUUUUAACGGUGAAAAGAACAAAACGGAAUUUUGGGUUCAAAAAAUGAAAAUCAUAGUCAUUUCUCACAAUAUCCCAACAAGGCUCUUCAUACAAUGGUAUGUCUCGGUAGUCAAAGUGCCAGUUCUGUAUCUCGACGAUGUCACAAAGUCCCAGUCCUUGGAGGAGGUCAUCACCGAUUUUUUCAUCCAGACUCACAAACUGGCGCUGUACAUUUUUAAGACUGUUAAGGUGGGCUCUAGAGGACCAGGUGACAACUUGCACCAAACUGCACCUGACCUGCUCCCUGCAGAGCAAAUCAUAAAGUAUCUCUGCAAAUCAGAAGAAUUGAUGGACCCAGCAACAUUUGUAAAACUGUAUAGCAAACCCUUACAUGUCAUCUCAGAUGCUGAGGUAGUGUGGCCUGCUCCCUCCAGCUUCUAGGAUUGAAAACAAUAAUAUGGCCAGAUGUCUUUAUUUGUAAUACCUA